AUGGACCCCGCCAUCGCCCGCGAGCUGUCCCGGCUCGAUCCGGACAUUCCAUUUCGCGCAGCCACGCAGCAUGUGCAUCACACAUGGGCAAAGACGUUUUACUCGCGGCCGGAGCUGUAUCUCCAGCCACACUCGCUCGCUGAAAUCGAGAAAAUUGUGACCUUGGCGCGCCGUUGUCGCCGCAGACUGGUGACUGUCGGCAGCGGCCACUCACCGUCCGAUCUGACCUGCACCUCUGCCUGGCUGAUCAACCUGGACAAUUUCAACCGCAUCACUAGCCUGUCCCCCGAAUCCGGCCUGGUUACUGUCGACGCCGGCAUCCGCCUGCGCCAGCUCGGCCUGGAGCUCGAAAAGCACGGGCUGACGCUGCCGAACCUGGGCAGCAUCGACAGCCAGUCUAUCGCCGGUGUGAUUGCGACUGGCACCCAUGGCAGCUCCUCUCGCUACGGACUGCUUUCCGAAUCCAUUCGCGCCCUGUCCGUGACGCUCGCUAAUGGCCAGACGGUGCGCUGCAGUGCAACCAACAAUCCAGCGCUGUUCCGUGCCGCGCUCGUCUCUCUCGGAGCUUUGGGAAUCAUCACAGAAGUGACACUGCAGACUACGCCUGCCUUCCGGAUUGCAUGGCAGCAGGGCCUGUAUCCGCUCUCGACCGUGCUUGACCGAUGGUCCAAGGACCUGUGGACCUCACAUGAGUUCGUCCGCGCAUGGUGGCUUCCAUAUAUGGAUCGCGCUAUCGUCUGGCGUGCUGACAAGACCGAUCUUCCUCUGCGACCACCUCCGCAGAACUUCUACGACGGCAAGUUAGGCUUCCACGUUUACCACAAUCUACUGGCUUUAUGCAACUGGUUCCCGCGGGCCCUUCCUUGGGUCGAGUGGUUCGUGUUUGGGAUGCAAUAUGGGUUCAAACCUGGCUCUGUUGUGACCGAAGCCGUCGAGGAUGGGCGUGAGGGCCUCUUAAUGAACUGUCUUUAUUCGCAGUUUGUCAAUGAAUGGGCCUUGCCUUUGGAAAAGGGACCCGAGGCUAUCACUCGGCUGUCUGCCUGGAUCCAUGGAGACCAGGAAAGCUCGCGCAUCCCUUUUAGUCCAAAGGGUGUCUGGGUGCACUGUCCGAUUGAGGUGCGAGUUUCGGAUUCGACUUUGUCCUCGUCUCCGCAUCCGUUCCUAGAUCCGACCUGUCGUGAUGGGCCAACGCUCUACCUCAAUGCCACUCUGUAUCGCCCGUAUCUGCGAGAUCCUCCGUGCAGGGAACGGUACUACGAAGCAUUCGAAUGGCUUAUGCGCGACAUGGGCGGCCGUCCUCACUGGGCCAAGAACUUCACCGACACAACAUCCCCCCAGGAACUACGAGACAUGUAUGGCGAAGAUAUGGACGAGUGGCUCCAGGUGAGGCACACGACAGACCCGGACGGCAUGUUCAUCGGGGAAUGGCAUCGGCGGAACCUGCUUCUGCCAUCUAGCAGCGCCAGUGACUCGAUUUCCGGUUUUCCGAAAGAAACAGACAGCCAGCUCCUCCCACUUGGCGAGCGCGAGACCGGUCGGCGCAAAUUCGGGGGGUUGGGUACAGGAGACGGUGUCGAGUGGAUCGGAGAUCGUCGAUGGGAGCAACGCGGUAGCCACACUGCUUUGGAGGAAGCUUCGGUCGACAAGGCUCUGCUUGACAAGGUUCUGCAGCACAAAGGCCUCCCUGAGACUCCGAGCCCGCCCAUGACGUCCACUAGCGAAGAGAGUUUUGAUCUCUUGGCCCAUGGGGAAGCCAGCAUUCUCAUCCAGGAUAAUAAUAAGCACUAA